UAGACAGUAGUACCGCUUGUUCGAUGUUAAGACACUUCCAAUUAGAUUUAAGAAAAUGCACAAUCCAGUGAAGAUCAAUACUCAUAGUUAAUAAUAGUGUUUUGUGACUUGUUACCAACUAAGUUCUAACUCUGUUAAGUUAUUUUUUGUUGAGAAUAAUAAAUUAAAAUGAAGGGCAAACUUUUUAAACUUGCUAAAAACGCAUUUCAAAUAUCUUUGAUUUGUAUAACUUACUUCACCAUUGUUAAUGCCGAAAUAGAACCUAAGGAAGAGAUUGAGGCCAAAACCACGGCAAAUCUUGAUAAUGUCUCUGGCACAUCAGGCACCAUCAAUAUUGGAGAAAAUGUUGGUUUACUGCAUGCUUUUGCAGCCAGUUUCAGUGUCAUCCUGGUAUCUGAAAUUGGGGAUAAAACAUUUUUUAUUGCUGCAAUUAUGGCAAUGAGACAUCCCCGACUAACAGUAUUUGCUGGAGCAAUUUCUGCAUUAACAUUGAUGACUAUUUUAUCAGCAUUAUUUGGAUGGUUAGUUAAUGUAAUACCAAGGGUAUACACAUUUUAUAUAAGUACAGCACUUUUUGCUAUUUUUGGUCUUAAAAUGUUAAAAGAAGGAUGUUCAAUGUCUCCAGAUGAGGCUAGUGAAGAGUUUGAAGAAGUUCAAACAGAUUUGAGAAAGAAAGAAGAAGAGUAUGAAAAACAAGCAAUGUUACCAGAUCCUGAAACAGGUGGUCCACGUAAAGCGAAAUCGAGUAGCAUUUGUUCAGCAUUGUCUCGAAUAUUCCUUCAAUCUUUCACAUUGACAUUCCUCGCUGAAUGGGGAGACAGAUCUCAGUUAACCACUAUUAUUUUGGGUGCUAGAGAAGAUGUUUAUGGUGUUAUAAUAGGUGGAGUUUUGGGACAUUCAAUUUGUACAGGAUUGGCUGUAAUUGGAGGAAGAAUGAUAGCUCAGAAAAUUUCUGUUAGGACAGUGACAAUAAUUGGUGGUAUAGUGUUUCUGUUAUUCGCCUUCUCAGCUCUUUUCUUCGAUCCGACUAUGGCGUAAAUUGGCAUUUUGUAUAUAUACAUGUAUAUCAUAGGGUGUAAAAAAGUGUAGUUAGUAAGAAAUGACAGGUAUUUGCCAAAAAUGCCAUAAAUCUUUUUGUAAACCAAUUUUAAGUAUUACCUUAAAUAUUACCUAAGUCCAUUCAAUAACAGAUACUAUAAACUGUUACGUCUAUGCAGAAACAUAAUUCAUCAAUUUUAAAAUUGUGUAUAUUAUUUUCGAAAAAUGUUGUAGAAUUUUGUUUUAGUACUUAUAUCAAUGCAGAGAAUUGAAACCAACUUACAAGUAGAUCAAUUUUAGAAUACAAACAUGAAAAUUAAGCCACUUUUAUUUAUUGUUUUGUAGUUGUUUGGUUGCCAAAGUACCUGUUUUAUGGUCACUGCAUCCAUAUAAUUUUUAAUUAUUUCUAUGGGUAGCACAUGACCAAAUUUCGUUUUGUCCAUUUAACAUUCUCAAUCUUAUUUAUAUUUAGUUUCUUUAAAUAAUUAAAUUAUCAGUUUUCUAAAUAUUUAAUAUAACUUAAGACAAAACGUAGUAAGGAAAAGUGCUGUUCAUAUCUGUGAUAUAACUAUAUUUUUGUAUAUAGUAAAUGUGUAAAUUGAUCAAUACAACAUUUAUCAACCUA